AUUACCGAGCACGGAGGCGCUGAAGCCAAGGAGGUGGGGAAGUGGCUGCGUGAACAGCCUGAGAGAAUGAAACUGCGUGUCUGAAGACUGUCACCCAGCCGGGUCACCCAGGAGGCCGCAGGCCAAGGCAAACUUAUGAGAUGAACUCAUACUUAUGUGGUUAGCUGGGGCAUGCUCAACUGUAGAGAAAUCCAGUAAUAUUUUGAUUAAUGACUUCCUUGAGGAUGAAGCUUUUUGAUAUAGACAGCUCUAUUAGAAAAAACCUCAAGCCAAAAUCCCUUCAUAAAUCAUACAAAAAAUGGCUGCCUAUACAACAAAAAUAGCUCAAGCAAGUCUCUAUUUGUCUUUGGUUAGAUGUUGAUAAAUAGCGCUCAUGCAUAGGCUGGACUUUAUCUUCAGCGGCGUGUCUUUCUGCCCCUCCUCUCGGAUCCGUGACCUCAGGCUCCCUGGGUUUCAUUCAGCUGGAAAUGCAGGUGCACCUCUGGUCUCUCGCUGUGGACUUAAGCUGGCUCUGAAUGCCCUGGGGAUGAAGUGUCACCACAAGAGAAAGAAGACACUGUUGAUGAUAUCUGAGAGGAAGGAAACAGUGCAUUGUGCUGGACCUCUGCAUGUAACAUUAUGAAAAUUGUCUUUUUCAUAGACCAGCCUCCCAAGUUGUUUCCAGAGAUGGAUUAUCUUACUUUCCUCUUGGCUUUUCUUCAGGUAUACAAAGCUCUGUGUGAAGAGAUGUUUUGGGACACAACUGUUAAACUGGCCGAAAAUAUGACUCUAGAAUGUGUGUAUCCAUCAAUGGACACCUUAACCCAGAUGGAGUGGUUCAAAAUCAACACAACGGAGAAAGAGUCCAUAGCCAUUUUCAGCCCUACUUACGGUGUGAUCAUAAGAGAGCCCUAUGCCGGCCGGGUUGACUUUUUAAAUGCAACCCCACCUCCUAAUGAUAUGACCCUGUCCUUUAACAAUGCCUCAGACGCUGAUGUCGGGUUUUAUUCUUGCUCUCUUCAUACGUUCCCACAUGGGCCUUGGGAAAAGGUCAUACGGGUGGUUCCAUCCGAGAGUUUUGAGAAAGCUGUGCCAUCAAAUAGCCACAUGGUGUCAGAACGUGGAAAAAACAUCACACUCACCUGUCAGCUUCCAGUGAAGUGGUCAGUACAACAAGUCAUGUGGGAGAAGAUCCAGCCCCAUCAGAUUGACCUGUUGACUAGCUGCAACUUGUCCCAAGGGAGAGGUCACAUUUCCAAGUACCGAAGACAGAUCCUGAGCAGCUGCCACCAGGGAAUGGGGAGCACGUCCAUCACUGUGCCGCACCUCGUGGCCUCCGACUCAGGACUGUACCGCUGCUCCUUGCAGGCCAGCACGGGGGAAGGUGAAGACUUCGUGGUGAGGUUGACCGUCACUGAUGGCAAAACAGAUAACCAAUAUAUCCUCUUCGUGGCUGGAGGGACAGUUUUAUUGUUGCUCUUUGUCAUCCUAAUUACCACCAUCAUUGUCAUUUCUUAUAACAGAAGGAGACCGAGACAGAAAAGAGGCCUAUUUGAAGAGUCCUGGAAUAUACAAAAUAAGGCAUCUAAUAACUACAGAAGCCCCGUCUCUACCAAUCAACCAUCAGAUGGUGCAACAGAGGAUGUUUAUGUCAACUACCCAACCUUCUCUCGUAGACCAAAGGCUAGAGUCUAAGUUUUCUCCCUGAUCUGAGAAGAGUUACAUGACUGUUCUGUACAUGAAUCUUUAUGCAAUUUUUCCCCACUACUCAGUGUCUACCAUGGAUACUGGCUAAGUUGACUGAAUUUAUUUUGAGAGGAAACAUACUGCAUUAUCUAGAGAAUUAAACAUUCUUAACAGAAAUGUUUCAGAAAACCUGACUCUCAUCAACGGAGACUUACUGAAUCAUGUAAGUGAGCGAUUCAGGACAGAUGAAGCUGCAGGCAAGAGUCAUUCACCAAGGCCUCAGCUUUGCAUCUAGAAUUACUACUGGGCAUUAACCCAUUUCUGGAUCUGCUUCUGCAGUGCUGGACCCCCUUUCCUGGCGUCAGCCUCACUCUCGUCCAGGCUUUCCCCUUGUUCCAGGAAUCCUGCUAACAGCUCUUGGCGAUUCCUGAUCCUUGUUUCUAUCUGGUAGAGAGCUUACUUCUCUGGCAGAGCAAACAAAUUUGGUUAUUUGUUCUUCAUUAGACAGGCAUUAUGGCCAGAGGGGAUGAAAUGGAUUAAGUCAAUUAAGGGUUCAUUCUAUGGCUAGGAGUGGGGCCAAAGCACAUUACUAGGAAAUUCAGAGUCUCGUUAGAAAGGGUGCAGGGGAGCCUGGAACCUGGGCUGGUUACCAGCAAGCAUGAACCACAGUGACGUUCCAAGACAUCUCUUGUUAACCAAUGAGGAGGGAAUACGUGGGUGCAUCUAAGCUCUUCCCACUUAGAAUGUGCCACAUCAGCAUAGUCCAGAAGAGUGCUUAUCAAGAAGGUAAAUGUGACAGCGAAAUCUCUUCUUUCUAUUCACCAAUAACUUCACCUCCGAGUCCAUAUAGAAUUUUUGCCUUAUAAUGGAGUAGAUCAUUCAAUAAUAACUUACUUUUUCUACUCCUGAGAACUAUUUUUAAUAUGUGAAUUUUGUCAAAAUGAUCAGGCGCCUAGCUGUUACUGUAUUUCUAAAAAACAAUUAUGCAAAAUCAGAAUACAAGAAAAAGGAGUGGUAGUUGAAGUGGUGGCAGAGGGUGGUAGGCUAGAAAAGUGAGGGGAAAAGCACUGGGGGUGCCCAAGGAAGCAGGAAAGGGGAUCAGAGAAUGGGGAGAUGCAGAGAGAAGCUUGUCCUGCUUCAUGGUUUGGCCAAAGACAACCCAAGUGGUGUCACCACAGAGCAGUUAGAGACCAUGCCUGCCGUUGUCCAAAUUCUAGAUUUGGCAAACAGUGAAAACUAUUUCUGACAUUAAAUAAUGGUUGUAGUCACCUUGAACCACAAUGAUCACCACCAAAUAUAGUGGUCAUUCAUGUGUCAAAUAUUUGUUACUCAUCUAUAAAAGAUCCAUCACAAAUUUAGUGUCAAAGUUGUAGACCUUUCAUGACAACCAAAAUCAAAUUCUCAUCUUGUCUAAGACAAAGUCCAAGCUCUAAUUUACAGUUUUAAGCAAGUCAGUGGCUAUUUUAUGAUUUUUUAGCCGUAAGUGCCAUGUGUGCCAAAUAAUGCAAUUGCAGAAACUGUGACCGUCCCUACCUGAUUCAGAAGGGAAAAAAUUAAAGUGACCAUUUCCCCGCCGUACUUCUGUACAUGCAAGAAGAGUGAUCUCAUUGCCACUUGGUGUGCUUGAAGAUCUUUAUGUCUGGAUUCCUGAAGUGCUUCUGCAAAUAUACUGUAACAAAGUUGGAAGGCAGUUUACGAGAAAAAGGCUCUAAUGUUUUGUUAACUGUGUCAGAUGCAACUAUGAAAGUUUCCAUGACUGAGUCAAGUUUGUGUGGUGAAACAGACUUAGCAUCACUUAUAAAGGACGAUUUCUUUUCCCUGAAGUUGAAGACAAUCAAAAUACUACUUUCUGGAAGAUUUUGAUAAGCAAAUUCUCAAUGACUAAUAUGGGUGAGAAGUGAGAGAUUCCUACCAUUGUGGUAUGGGGCGAUGUAAAUCUCACUUGCACAGAGAACGUAGGGGUGUGAGGAGGGGAUGUGCACAGUACACCAGAUGUCAUUGUCCUGGUGGUUUUACUAAUGGUUUCAUGGAGACGUUUGGGGCAAACCAUUUAAGUGUUGAGAAGCUUCCAGACCAGUUGUAACUUGUCUCUUUUUCCAUGGUGUUUAAUUUUUUUUUAAUCUCUCACUUUAAAUAUUUAUGAGAACUAUUUACUCUCUCCUUCCUAUUUUCUAUAUAGUAUUCCUCUGCAGAUCUCAGGAUUUUUUCAGGGAUUGGGAACUCUCCUAAGUCCUGCUGAAAUUUUUCUGACCAUCUCUGCUGAUCCUUUUAUACUCUCAGCUCUUAUACUGAGAUGAAAUUCUGUUCAUUUUCUUUCUCAGGACGUCUUGACUUAACACAGCACUUUUGUGUAAUCUCUUUACUAUUAUACCAAAUUUACUGGAGUUUUAUAACUCUACCUAAUAUAUAUAUAUAUAACUGUACCUACUAUAUGGUAUAUGUACUUAUAGAAAGAAUUUCCCACCCUAAUCAGUUGUAUUUACUAUUCUGGUUGUUACUAAGGAAAUAGAGCAAAACAGAUCCGCAGAAUAAAAAGUCAGAUGGAAUAAAUUAUGUGUUAAGUUUAUUUUGCAAGGUGCUACUUAGGAAGCAAGAUGCUUCCCAAGAUUCUUAUUUACAUAAUUUAUAUCAAUAUAUAAUACCUUAAGUAAAAUUCUUUGUUUCCUUUGAAUGCAAUUGUUUUCAUAUUUAUAGUAAAGUAACCAAUUAAAGGGAAACACUGUGUGAUGACAGGUAGGUAACUUUAUUAAAUGUCAUUACAGAGUACACAGUUUUGUCAGGGAAAGAAUGGAUCUUACUAACCGACAAUGCCUAGAUAUUGAUUACAUGAUUAUCAGAGAGACCUUGAAACAUUUAUUUCAAGGCCUUUAUGCACACUCAGAAAAGAGAAAUCCUCUGUGACAUAGCAGAUAUUCCAAUGGUUGGGAGCAGAUAUGGUUGGGAGGCAGGUGAAUGAGGCUAUAAUAUUUGCUUAGUAAAUAUUCAAAUUUAUAGAAUUUUAAAAGUAAUUCAGUUCAUAACUAAAAUGUUGCAUGCCAAUUUAAGAUACAUUGAUCAUCAAUUUAUAAGAUAAAAUAAAAAUAACUUUGGUAGUUUGCUUUUAUUGCAAACAUCAAAGUUGUGUUGGUUUAUAUAGACCUGUAUUAAGUAGAAACUAUAGCUGCAUUGCCAUGAUUUUCCAAAUUGGUAGAGUCCAAAUUGUAAUUAGAAAUCACUGUUGUCAAAUGCUUCUCCUUGAUUUAUAAUAAUAUGCUAUAUUUUGUACUGCAUGUAUGAAAUUUGAACAAAAUUGAAGAUGUUGUGGAAUGAAAAUGUUUAUAAAUUAUAGGUGGGAAUGCUAAAUUGUGAGCAUAGAGUUUAGCUUCUUUCCACAAUAGUGAUAAGAAAAUAUCUUUGAAGAAUAUAAAACAAUAUAAGCAUAUAAAAGCAUUAAUUGUCAUGAUUAGUUUGGCCACUAUUAGAAUACAGCAUUUAGAAAGUGCUGAGCUUUGCACUCAAGAUUUUUCAUAAAGUAAUGUAUUUUUUCAUUUGUCUGUUUGUUGGAAUUAUUCUAAGCCAAGUCUCUAGGCUUUUACACAUUUUCUGAAAAAUAAAAAUGAGGUUUCUUAAAAAA